UCUUCUCCUUCUUCUUCCUCACCCAAGCAGCAGAAACAUCCUUAACUGAGCUCCUCACUCACUCACUGCAGCUAGCCUCUUCUUCCUCAGUCGUCAGAAAGAAUGUCUUGCUGCGGCGGCAACUGCGGGUGCGGCGCCGGCUGCAAGUGCGGCAACGGCUGCGGCGGGUGCAAGAUGUUCCCUGACGUUGAGGCCAGCGCCGGCGCCACGAUGACCACCGUGGUCAUGGCCACCGCCACCCACAAGGGGAGCUCUGGUGGGCUGGAGAUGGCCGGCGGGGAGGAGAGCGGCGGCUGCGACUGCACCACCUGCAAGUGCGGCACCGCCUGCGGCUGCUCCUGCUGCACCUGCAACUAGAGCCACACACCAGCGACCAUGAGGAAUGAGGAUCGAUCCAGGAUCUAGGACAACUGCACUGCAAGCAUGCACCCACCAUCGCCGCCCAGCUAGCUAGCUUACUAGCCAGUUAGCUGCUAAAUAAAAUAAAAUCUUCUGUCAAGUCACCAACUCGAUCACGACCGUAUUGUUCAUCCGACACGAUCCAUGUCCUUCCUCAUGCCUCGCUCGAUCAAGGCUGUACGUUUUAAUAUAUGUGUCUGAAUGUUGUUGAUCCA